UGAGACGCACGGGAAGCUAACUGGGCAGCUAGCUAACGUUAGCUGGUUGUGUUCAUGUAACGCAUAUGUUGGAAGAUGCAAAAAUACCCCCCAAAAUAAUUCGCGAAAUUAUUAUGGGCUUCGCCUUGCGUGAAACGUAUAAAAACAGUUUUUAUAAGAUAGAAACCUCGCAACUGCCACAUAAGAGUUAGGUUGCUAGGUGAGCUAACCGCUAACUGAGCUAGCUAGCCAAGUCUCUAGCCAAACUAUAGUUAACUUCACGCAACACAAGAGUUUAAUACACAUUUUUAAGCUGUAAUUAUUCUUAAAGCAGAAACCGCAAAGUUAAUGCUGCACAGGGACUGCAUGGAUGUGUUUAUGCAUUACAGAAGCGACCAGGAUAAACUGAACGAUUGGGUGUUCCUGACAGAGAGAACAUUGGAGGACUUUCCGUGUCGCGUCUUGCCAGUAUUUACACCUUGGUAUCCUUCAGGUGCAGACUUGUAUUUGCCUUUAAAACCUAAAAACGCUCCUCCUGUAAUUUCAUCAACACCGCUGAAAGAUUCAGGGUAUUUCCAGCAAGGAGCAGAAUUUGAUUUUUCUAAGAGAGAUUGCGCAGAUGAGAAAGAAACACUUACAAAAGAUAAAAGGACGUUGGUAAGAAGCUUGGGAGAUAUUUUUGGAGACGGUCGGGUACAAUUUAAGGAUGUGCCGAAGAAAUGUAAAAGGUCAUGGAGUGUCUUUUCACAUAAAAUGAAAAUAACUGAGAGAACUCAGUCAUUCUCCAGGCAGUUCCACAAGAUUAUUCAGAGAUAUGGACUUCACUGGCACCAGAGAGCGAAAUGGAUUAUUUUUGAAGUUAACUGUGCACCACGGAGUAUUGAAGAGAUUUGGUCUAGGCUUGAUCAUGCUAUUAAGCACUCCAGGCUUCCAACAUGCAAUGCAAAUUUUCAAAGGAACUUGGUCCAGAUAUGGGUGUAUUGUGACAUAUUUUACUGUGAAUACAUUGGACAUUUUUUGAGACAAAAAUUCCACCUCUCAGGGGAGAUUACUUUAGCAGUUCAUAAACUAGGUGAUGUAUUUAAGUUGUAAGUGCAUGGAGUUAUUGUGAUACAUUCCUGAUUAAAUUUGAAAUGUUGUUGAUGGUAAAUUGUCUUGCUGUCUCUAACUUAGACAAAUAAUGAUAAAAGGUUUCAUGGAAAACCUGUCCACUCAGUGCAGAGUGUAUCCAAAUUGAAAGAGUGCAUAGAGAAACAGAAGGAAAGCUGUUAUUUAUAUUUCAGAAAAUGGGUACAGCUUCUUGGCGAGCACUGCAUGAGACUUCACAUUACAGAAUUAAAAUGUAUUGGGAACGUAUUGCUGCAUUGCUAAAUAAAUAAUAUAAAUAGCUUAUAUGUUGAUGCAAGGCAAUUAAAAAGUGUAAUUCAUAAUAUUCCGAUAAUGAACAUAAAUGCACAACUUUAAGAUAGAAAAAUGUAGAAAAACAAAAUGAGGCAAAUGGCUGCAGUGCCUUUGAGUUUACCCAUCUUGAGGACCAGUUAGUAAAAAAAAUUUUAAAGGUUAAAUUGAUAUUUUAUUCAAACUGCUAUUUUAAAUUCAACAAACUCACCAUUGUUGUUCAAGUGUUUUUACAUAUUGAGGCUUUACUUAAAUUCUAAAGUUUUGAUGGCAUAAAGCUUAAGGUGUAUACAUUUAAAUCCAAAUGUUCCUUGGUAGGUAAGAUUUUUGUUUUUCUUUCCUGGAUGGAGCAAAAACCCCAUCCAAGUGCCAGAAAUAAGUACUGAAAUAGGCAUUUUUUGAAAAAACAAGAAAACAUGCUUUUGUUGCUUUUACUUAACAGGAAGACAAGAAAAUAUAUACGUAAAACUAUUAUAUACAAUCAUUUUUAUAUAUAUUGUAUACAACAAUGCUAGUCUUGGUAUUGCUUGAUAUCAGACUGAAAAGAUUGUGUUAUAACCUAUCCCCACUGCAAGUGAUUGCAAACAUGCACUAUAACUUAAAAAAAUUCCCCACCUUAUUUUUUGUCUUUGUACUAAUAGCCAGAAAUGUAAGAAAAGUGCAAAUGAAAUUCGAAUUCAUAUCUUUCUUUCAACAUGUGAUUCAUUGUGAUUGAGUAAUUUUAACCG